AUGUCUAUCUCGAGCUUAGCUCGUUCGCGACGUCCAGCGGCUAUACCAGCAGAUCUCUGCUCAACUUUCUGUGCCCUGUAUAUUGCGGCUCGUGGACUAAGUACGACAGCUACCCAUCGAGCAGAUGGAGGCUCCAACAAUGCUACACCAAACCCAUCUCACUCUGCCCCUCCCCAGACCACGAAAAGAGCCGAUGUAGGAGCCACCGCAAACGCACAGCAACAGAGGACUGCAGUUCAGAAUGCCAAAUCUCAAACACCCGAUAGUUUAUCACGUCCACAGCCGAUUGCUGCUCUCAAGAUGACCCCAGCUGAACGAGCUGCUGCCGCCACGAGGAGGGCACGAGCAGAGUUAGCUGCUCAGCAGAAAAAGACGGCUUCAGGUAUGCGACUGGGAGGUUUGGCAAGAGACAGCGUGUUUGCCGACGAUGAUUCGCCUGAUCCUAAACAGCAAAGACUAGAUCCUGACAACAUCACGACCGAGUAUAAAGAGCUGACCAAGCGAAGUCCUAUCAAUAUGGAAGCACGCCUGAAUCCCAAUCCCAAUGCUCGAGCCCGCUGGAUGCGGAAAAUGGUCAUGCGCAACCUCCGACAUCGUGGAAGGCUCACUCGAGAGAUGCGCAUAGCAAGAACUGAGCGAACUCACACCUCUAGAUCUCGCUUCUUUAAAACCUCGAUGAAAAAACUUGCUCCCCUCGCUCGUCAAAUAGCAGGAAAGAGCAUCGAUGAGGCUAUCCUGCAAAUGCGCUUUAGCAAGAAGAAAGCUGCCAAGGAGGUUCUCGCUCAUCUGGUCCAAGCCCGCAAUGAAGCCAUCGUUGUCAAGGGUAUGGGUCUAGCUGACACUAAUACACAAAUGAGUUCCGAAGUUGCCAAGGUCGAGUUCAAAGGUGCCAAUAUGGCAGAUUUGAUUAGCACGGCUAUCGCGGAACGAGAAGGGAAAGGUACACGGACACCAUUAGAUGACUCCAAGUACGCAGCACUCUACACCAGCAUGGAUGCCCGCCAGGUUCAGGAUGCCACUCAAUCGGAACCUAGCACUAGCACAGGAAAAGCACAUGAAAUCUCCAACCCAUCCAACACACAACCCCUUGCAACACAAACUCCACUAAGAACCCUAAAGAGUUCUCUUCAACCAUCGCCAACCGACAUCUACGUCGCACAAUCCUGGAUCAAUCGUGGUAAAUACGGUAUGGUGGCCAGCCCACGAGCAAGAGGAAGAAUGGAUGUUUUGAGACCACCGCAUACUGGCAUCAGUGUCUUGCUCAAGGAAGAAAAGACGAGGACGAGAGAGCAGAUGGAGAAGGAGACAAAGGCCAUUAGGAAGAGGAUGAAGGGUAAUGUAUGGUCACAAUUGCCCGAUAGACCUGUGACGAGACAGAGUCAAUACGUGCUCUGGUAG